AUGGGUAUCGGCGCCGUGGCAGAGCCCUUGGUGGUUGUCACCCUCUUGUUCGGUGGCACAUGGUUCAAUCGAAACAUUGGCGGCAACACCUACGACAACCUAGGAUGGAAGGGACCCGAUAUCGACGAUGUCGAACACAAGCGAUCUGACGAGCGCCGCUCAGGCAACUCGACCCCCGACUCGGAAGAGUCUCUCCUCUCACUAGGCGGCUGGAGCUCAUCGUCAACGUUGGCACCGCACGAGGAGCCCCCGCGCCGCACACGCAGGGUCAAGUUCUUUGGGUACCAGCGUCUUGUCACAACACCCAACACGAGAGUCUACAAAGACAGACUCCUCAGCCGAGUGCUCCGCAAGUUCCCCUUCUUGGUGGAAGCAUGGUACUGGGCUCUCAUCUACUGGGUUUACCAAGUCGGACGAGCAUUCACCGCACUCACUCUUAACGAGGGUACAGUCGACGUUGCGCGCAAACACGCGCUUCAGCUCAUCCACCUGGAGCAGCGCCUGCACGUCUUCAUCGAGGUGCCGGUACAGCAGUACUUCCUCCAGAUGCCCACUGUCAUGCACUGGAUCAACCGCAUCUACUCCUUCAUCCACAUCCCGGGUACCAUCCUGUUCCUCGUCAUCCUCUACUUCGUCACGACAACCCGCAAGCGCCGCGCGCUCUCCGCGAAGCUCGGCGGCAACGACAACAUCCGAUGGAACUCGGCCGGCCCUGCCCUCUACGAGGCUCGUCGCCGCACCAUGGCCACCUGCAACCUGCUCGCCUUCGUCGUCUUCACCCUCUGGCCCUGCAUGCCGCCUCGCCUGCUGAGCGACCCAAACUACAACGGCCCCGACGCCGGCGAGUCCAAGAGCUUCGGCUUUGUCGACACGGUGCACAGCGCCUCUGGCGAGAGCAGUGUCUGGACGACCAACAAGUUCUGCAACCAGUAUGCCGCCAUGCCCUCCCUGCACUUCGGCUACUCCCUCCUCAUCGGCCUCACCGUCGCGACCCUCCCGAUGCCUUCGAUCCGCUCGCGUCCGUGGAAGCGAUUCGCCAUCGUCGCCAUCGGCAUGGCCUACCCCGCUCUCAUCUUGACCGCCAUCGUCGCGACCGCCAACCAUUUCGUCCUGGAUGCCGUCGCCGGCGCCAUCGUCUGCGGCCUUGCGUGGAACUGCAACGGCGUCCUGCUGAACCUGCUCGUUGUCGAAGACUAUUUCCUGCGCCUGCUGCGUAUCCACAAGCCCGUCAACUGGACCGAUCCCGAAGUCUCCGCUGUCGAGAGGGAGUGGAAGCCCAGCAUGGCGUUGGGCGACGACGUCUAA